UCGGAGCGAGAACUCGGUGCUCGAUGUGAAAUCCGGGUCACGCAGUUUUCUGGUCUCUUCCCCGCCCACUUUGGGUCGCGAGCCACCGGGGCCGGGGUGGCGACGCUUCCCGGAGGGGCCCCUCCCUCAGGAGAAGAGCGGCAGAAAACUUCAUGUUGACAAUGGCAUCCAGGGACAACAAUGGCAAGAAAGUGACCCCUGUGCUCAGAAUAAGUCAGCUUGAUGCCCUUGAACUAAACAAAGCCCUGGAGCAGCUGGUGUGGUCCCAGUUCACUCGCUGUUUUCAUGGGUUUAAACCUGGACUUUUGGCUCGCUUUGAACCAGAGGUGAAAGCAUUUCUGUGGCUUUUUCUGUGGCGAUUCACCAUCUAUUCCAAGAAUGCAACAGUCGGACAGGACAUUCUGAACAUUCAGUACAAAAAUGAUUUAUCUCAGAUACAGAAUUAUCAGACAUUGAGCAAGCAGCAGAAAUUAUGGUAUCUUAUUUGCACCGUUGGUGGGAAAUGGCUAGAAGAAAGGUGUUAUGAUUUAUUUAGUAAUCGUCCAUUGGAGUCAUUCCAGAAGACAAAGUAUUUCAUUAACUUAGUUGUUGGGCUUCUCAAACUUGGUGAAUUACUGAACUUCUUAGUUUUUCUUCAAAGGGGAAAGUUUGCUACACUUACAGAACGUAUUUUAGGAAUCAGGUCGGUGUUCUGCCAGCCUCAGGGGGUCCGUCAAAUUGGAUUUGAAUACAUGAAUAGGGAACUCUUGUGGCAUGGAUUUGCUGAAUUCCUGAUUUUUCUUUUACCACUUAUUAACAUGCAAAAGCUCAAACUCAGAGUUUCUUCUUGGUCAUUACCUAUUGCAAGAUGUUCCAAUAUUGAUAAUGCUUCAGUACCAUGUUCUAAGGAAUGUUCUCUGUGUGGGGAAUGGCCCACUAUGCCUCAUACCAUAGGCUGUAUACAUGUUUUUUGUUACUAUUGUAUUAAAAGUAACUACUUGCUUGAUAUGUAUUUUACCUGUCCUAAAUGUGGAUCAGAGGUGCAAGAUCUUCAGCCAUUAAAAUAUAAGAUAGAAAUGAAAGAGGUAUAUAUGCAGUAGACGUGUUUAGAUUUUCCUCAAAUCUGUAACUGAUUAUAUUUUUGAAAUCUCCAGAACUUCUUUACAGGGAUAUUUAACAUAUAAUUUAUGUAUAAUUUUGACACGUUCAUUCUAUAAUUCUCUUGGUUAUUGCUAUUUUUGUAAGUUGCUUUACUGUAAAAUGCUCUGCAACUCUAAAGAAACCAUGAUUUAAAAAAAUAAACUUAAUAAAGUAUAAUUAAAAAAUAAAUAAAACCAGGA